CGCAAAUAUGGGGAGAACAUGCAAACUCCACACAGAAAGGCCCAGGCUAAGGUGGAUUCGAACCCAGACCUUCUAGCUGUGAGGCAACUGUGCUAACCAAGGAAACACGGAAAUCGGAAGUGAGUUCUGAAGAACUGCUGGUGUAAAAGAUGAGUGACUCACUGGAGAGGACUACAGACUGUCCCUUGUCGCUUCUCAGUGAGGAGUCCAGUGCGAACGAGGAGAAGGGGGAUGUGACAGGCACAAGUGAGUUGAGCUGGGAAGAUGGAGGUCUCCCCGUGGAGCUGCAGAAAGGGAUGGAGACUCUACGAGUGAACAGAGAACUGACUGAUGUGACGCUGUGCGUUCAAGGACAUGACUUCCCUUGCCAUAGAGCGAUUCUGGCAGCUGCCAGUCACUACUUCAGGGCAAUGUUUUGCAGUGGUCUCAAGGAGAGUCAUGAAGAUCGUGUGGAAAUGAAAGGGUUGGACAGCGGGACAAUGCACUGUCUCUUGGAGUAUACCUACACCAGCCGAGCCCUCCUCACACAUUCAAAUGUCCAGAGAAUACUUGAGGCUGCCAGUCAGUUUCAGUUCCUGCGUGUGGUGGAUGCAUGUUCUGGCUUUCUGACCAAGUCUAUGCAGCUUGAUACCUGUAUUGGCAUCCUAAAUCUGGCUGACAGACAUGCCCUGUCAGCCUUGCGCUCCAGGGCUCAGGACUAUAUCACUACUCAAUUCUCUCAAGUGGUCCAGCAGCAGGACUUCCUGGAGCUUCCAGCUGAGUCUCUGGAAACUGUCCUGCAGAGGGACGACCUUGAUGUCAAGUGUGAGGAGUGCGUUUUUGAAGCGCUCAUGCUCUGGGUGAGAGCCCGGCAGGAUGAACGCUAUCCUUUACUCGCCAGCUUGCUUUCACAUGUGCGAUUGCCGUUGUUGGAGCCGGCAUACUUUGUUGAGAAAGUGGAGUCAGACGAGCUGAUACGCCGCUGCAGUGAGGUUUUUCCUUUGCUGCAAGAGGCCCGCAUCUAUCACCUCUCUGGCCGGGAGGUGGUCUCAGAACGAACCAAACCACGUGUGCAGCACUUUCUAUCAGAAGUGUUCUUGAUCAUUGGAGGCUGCACCAAAGAUGAGCGCUUCAUUUCCACUGUCACCUGUUUGGACCCUCUUAGACGCAGCCGACUGGAGGUCGCCAGGAUGCCGAUGACAGAGUUAGAGGACGAGUCCCAAAAUAAGAAAUGGGUGGAAUUUGCUUGUAUCACUUUCCACAAUGAAGUAUACAUAUCAGGAGGUAAAGAGACACAGCAUGAUGUUUGGAAAUACAAUGGCGCCUUGGACAAGUGGAUCCAAAUUGAGGCCCUCUCGACUGGACGCUGGAGACACAAGAUGGCAGUGCAUUGUGGGAAAGUGUAUGCACUGGGGGGCUUUGAUGGAGGUCAGAGGCUUUCUAGUGUUGAGGCCUAUGAUCCGUUUCACAAUCGCUGGAUGCAGGUGACACCUCUUGCGAUAGGUGUGAGCUCCUUUGCUGCUGCAAGCUUUGACAGAUGGAUCUAUGUAAUUGGUGGUGGGCCCAAUGGAAAGCUGGCCACUGAUAAGGUCCAGUGCUGGGAGCCAGGGACAGACUGCUGGGAACUGAAGGCACCCAUACCCGUUGAAACUAAAUGCACUAAUGCUGUUACAUUCAAGAACUGCAUCUAUGUAGUUGGCGGUGCCAUGCAUGCCAUGUACUGCUACUCCCCUCUGUCUGACUCCUGGACCCUUGUGACUCGUCUGGGGGAGAGGGCAAGCUGUGCCAUCGCUGCUUGUAACAACAAACUUUUCAUCACUGGGGGAAGGGAUAAUAAGAACCAAGUCAUCUCCACAGUGAUGUGCUGGGAUGUCGCCCGAGGGGUGUUGACAGAGGAGUGUGUUUUACCGAUGGGAGUGUCGCACCACGGUAGUGUGACUCUCAUGAAGUCCUACACACAUAUACACAGAAUAACGCCUGCGUCAGAGUGCCAGUGACACAGGCUGUUCUGUGAACAGGACUUUUUUGGAAGGAUUAUGCAUGAAAAGUAAAAACAUGUUCGAAGAUUUUUUUUUGCAUGCAUUACAAUGUUUACUUUAUCACUUUGUGACAAGUUGAUUUCUAUGUUUAAACUAAUGGAGGAACACAAGGAUUUUGAAAAAGAAAUUAUUAUUAUUUUUUUUAAUUUUUUUUUUAGAAAUUUCUGGAUUACAGUGUCAAAAUAAUACAAAGGCAACCAGCGAGCUUGAAACACAAAUAAGAACAUCAAACAUCUGCUAAAUCAUUAUCUUGGUCUGUCUUAAGUCUCACCGCCAGAGCAAUUUAAUACUGCAUUACAUGAGAAGCUGUUUGAAUUACAUUUAAAAAUGUGUAACAACAAUGCAAUUAAAUUGAUUUUUUUGUUUUUUGUUUUUUUACGGUUUUAAUUAGAAAAUUAACUCUAAACUCUACACUAUAAUGUUGCCUGAAGAAUGCAAUAGUAUUUGAUCGCAGGCUAUGUGCGUUUUAACAAAUAAA